UUUUCAAAAUUUCCAUGACUAAUGAAAAUUCUUAUAAUGGACAUGAGAUGUCACUAUAUAUCUCAAUAUGCUGUUUUUCACAUAGUAUUAAGUAUAUAUAUAUAUACCGUAUAUCACAUAACCAUAAAAUAACAUCUUAAACUUUCCUAAAAUGAGAUAUGGAAGUUAGUUACUGUUAAAAAUAAUUGUGAAAUUGUAUUAAUUAUAAAGUGAUAAAAUGUUUAUAUAAAAUAAUUAUUUGAAAAGAAUUUAAUUGUUCAAUUAAAUAACAAUUUUAAAUAAUAUUAAUCAUAAAUAACAUUAUUUAAAUGGAAAUUAUUCGACGUACUCAACAAUUGAGUUAUAUAAUUUUACCAACAUUUUUGAAUUCAAUCUCUUUUCAUAUAAAAUAUAUACAUUCAAAUUCAACAAUACCAAUUGUAACACAAGAAAUAAUAAAGAAAAUAGGACAAUUAUCUUUACUCAAAGUUGAUAAUGAUUAUAGCAUUUCUGUUUUAAAAGCUGCAAUUAUUUUUACAGAACAUUUACACAAUACAAAGAUUGAUAAUGAAAUCAAACCUAUGUACAGUCCAUUUGAAAAAAAAUCAAUUUUGUUACGAAAUGAUGUUGUAGAAAAUCAUGUAUCUAAACAAGAAAUUCUAAAAAAUGCUGCUAUUUUAGAAGAAGAAUAUUUUGUAACACCAUUGCAAACUAUUUCAAAAACACAAUGCAAAUAACAAAUAUAUUAAAAGAAUUAAGUCCACAUUUUAUUAACUUUACAACACAAGGACUUAAAUAUGGACCUCAAGGUAAAAUGUUAUUGAAAAACCUUGAAGAACAAUGGUUUUUACAUUGUAUUACAAUGUCACGUUAUAAUAUGUUUUUAUCAGAUGAAUUUAAUGAUACUAUAAACUUCAUUAUAAAAACUGAAAUGAGUGAUAUACCAUUUGGAUUAGCUACAGUAAAAAAUUCAAAAUAUCAAUGGGAUUCUAAUA